GUAUGAUCCGUCUCAUCAUUUUCAAGCCUCUCUAAUCCAUCCCAUGAUAUUUGGAUCAGAAACAUCUCUGCCUUUGGGAAAAAAGCUGCAGUGGAUGCUGGAAAACACCAGAAGCAUCAGCAUCAUCAUCAUCAUCAACAACAUCAUCCACAUCGAGGUGCAACAUGAUCCUGAUGGAUUUUUGAGACAUUUCACGCGCCAUGGACGAAAGUGAAUCGAUUUAACCGCAAUCCAAGGGUUUUAAAGGGUCUGGUCACCAACAUCAUUCAAGACGGACGGGGUCGUGGAGCAUCGAGGAAAAAACCGAGUCAAUCGGGACAGAGACUACAUGCCCAACAUGGAGAGGGGCAAACCGGCCACCUACACCGGCGACAAGAAGGCAAAGAUGGCUGCAAAGACCAAUAAGAAGUGGGUAAGACUGGCCACCGUGUUCGCCUAUGUUUUGUCCGUGUCUCUGGCUGCGAUCAUCCUGGCCAUCUACUACAGCCUCAUAUGGAAACCGGCCGGUGCUCCCAGUACCAACAGUACAAAACCCGACCCCACGUCGGGCAAAAUCCCCGCGCACAGCAACGGGACGCAAAGCAACAGCACGCUGGUGGAUCUGAUCCAUUUAAACGCCACCGGCUCCAACCGGACGGCAAGGUCGCUCUCCAAAAGUGCGCAGUCCCAGUCCGGGGAUUUCUACACAUAUACUAUGCCUACAGAGAGCUCAGACAGUCAGACAGAGUCUUCGCGAAGAGAUCACCAGACCCUCGCCGCCGGAGACGCGCAGCCGGAGACGCGCUGGGAGCGCGCGGCGCCGGUCGAGGACGAUUCUAGACGGCGAAAACAAACUCAGCUAGUGUCUGAUACGAAUAACCAGCACAGAAAGAACUAAACGAGACCUUGAGACUCGCAGAUGUUGGACAGGUGUCCGCCUGAGAGGACGCGAGACGAGGCCGCAGCUGGUGCGCGGACUCUCGGACAGCAACGCAUAUAGCAGAAACCUAUACGUUCACAUAUAAUCUGUCCUUUUCGUUCCGCCUUAAUACUCGGCAUCUCCUUGGUGGACGUUUGCAGUUUAAUGGGCUUAUAUUUUCGGAGCGUAUAGUCCAAAAUCACCGGCUGGCCUGUCAUUCAGUUGUAUAGGAAACAUUCAUCCGAACCGGAGACUGUCCAUUGCGCUCAAUGCCUUGAUUUUGAACAGCCAUUUUUGGGGAGGGGGGGGGGGGCAAGCUUUUAAAAUAACACCACUUAAAAGCUUGCAUGAAUUUAAACCUGUUAACCAGUUAAUCAGGAUUCUUAUGUUAGAGGAACCUGCUCAGGUAUGUGCAAAUAUCCAUGUAAAUGUACUGUUUAGUAAUGUACAUACAUGCUCUGGAAACUUUUAGCAUCACUAGAUCAUUUUUACAGCAAAUAAUGUACCAUAGGUGUAGAAUAACAUCACCCUAAUGGUAAAUAAACUCCCUUGUACAAGUA